CAUUUGAGUUUCAUUGAAAGAAGCCGUUUUGCAAAUACGUAUUUACAUAAAAAUUAAACAAAGAAAAUGUCUACAAAAACUGCCAUGCUUUGCACAAAAUGCAAGGAAGUUUUGAACAGUGAAGAUGAUAUUUUUGGUACAAGUUGUGGGCAUUUGUAUCAUUUCCUUUGCUUGCGUGAAUGCCACGGCCAAUCAACAAACUGUUCACAUUGUGAGUCAUACAAGCCAUGCAUGUUUAAAAUGUUUUUGGAAUUUGGUGAAGCUAUACAACCCAUUAAUUGGGAGGAUCAAACAAAAACAAUUGAACUUCAUAAUGAACUGGAAGAAAGUAAAGAGAGAUUAAUUUGUCUAGAGGAAAAAUACAAAUACUCACAAGUGGCAGUGCAAAAACUUGAGGGAAAAUUAAAGAAACAUAAUGACGCACUAAAAUCUAAAGAUAUCACCAUGGCGGAUUUAGAGGAACGUAUAACAAAUUUAGAAGAAUUAAAUAGUUUUCUGUGUGCCCAAUUAGAAUCGAAGACAAAACAUAAAGAAGAAACGGUAGUUCAAAACUCCAAUAAUCAAAUGAAAAAGUGUGAGCAUUUAUCGGAACAGCUGGAGCAAGAAAUUGCAAAAAAUUCUGAAAUGUCAAUAGAAAAUAUGAAAUUGAAAGCAUUUCUAAAUCUAGCAAAUAAUGAAAUUGGCAUGGAUGCUAUAAAUCUGUCAGAACAUGUUUUUUCUAAUAAUCAAACUGGAAACACUGAUCAAUCAAAAGAAAGCGGUAAUCAUAUUGAAGAAAUUGUUUCUCAUACAGAAACAAUUUCGGAACCAAUCAACCAAAAUAGUGGAAACACAAAUGCUGAAGAAAACUCUAAACAAUCGGCAUCAAGCAACCUUGAAAAUACAACCGAUUCUCAUACAAUUUUAAUUCGCAAUUAUCAUAUCCAAGAUUUAAAAAAUCCUUUAGAAAGUGUUAUUAUCGAUAUGGCCUCCCGCAUGAAAAUAAAUUUAUGUUCUUCAGAUAUAGUCAGAGUAAUAAAAAUUAAAAAUAAUUCAACAUCAGUUUCGCUUAUUGUAGCUUUUAAAAAUUUAAAAUCUCGUCAAGAAUUUCUUAAGAAUAAAUAUCGUUUGAAAAAAUUUAAAUGUACAAGAUAUUUAGAAGUAUGUACAAGUAGCACAAAAUGAAUAUAUGUAUAAUAAAGAGAAUUGCAAAAGUAA